GGAAAAUAUCACUGGUAAACAGACCCUUAUCUCAAUUUCAGAUUUGUGGUCAUCAUCGUGCUAUCAUCAUAGACGAGAAGUCGAGAACCAUUGAAUGGUAUUCCUGAGGGGAUUUUAGAUUAUUACACAAAAGAACACCAAUCUUGAUGGCGUCUGAAGGUAAAUGAUGGCGUCUGCGCAGUGUGUUCUGACUUCCAUUGUUGGCAAGAAUUUGAACAGCUCUGUUCCGAUGAGUUAUCCGAGCAUUUCCAGUAUGCCUGGUUUUGAUAGUCUGAGUUUGCGGAGAAAGAGUAUCUGUCCUAAUUCAUUUUCAGGAUCGAGAGAUGCCAUCAAUGAUGAUAAGAAGUCUAAGCAAAGGAAGCAUACUGUUGAUCCUGGUGCCCCAAAUUUUCUCCCCCUCCCUUCAUUUGAAGAGUGCUUCCCAAAGAGCUCAAAAGAGCACAAGGUGAUUGUUGAUGAGCAAUCUGGUCAUGUUUUGGAAGUCCCUUUUCGGCGCAUCCACCUGACAGGAGAUGAACCACAUUUUGACACUUAUGAUACUAGCGGUCCACAGGAUGCUAACCCCCGUGUUGGACUCCCCAAGCUGCGCAAAGAGUGGAUCGACAGAAGGGAGAAGUUGGGUGGGCCGAGAUACACUCAAAUGUUUUAUGCAAAAAAUAACAUUAUAACUGAAGAGAUGAUAUUUUGUGCUGCCCGUGAGAAUCUUGACCCAGAGUUUGUGAGAUCCGAGGUUGCCCGUGGGCGAGCAAUCAUUCCCUCAAACAAAAAGCACCUAGAGCUCGAGCCAAUGAUUGUGGGAAGGAACUUCUUGGUCAAAGUCAAUGCCAACAUUGGAAACUCAGCCGUUGUGAGUUCCAUUGAGGAGGAAGUGCACAAACUACAAUGGGCAACGAUGUGGGGUGCAGAUACUAUCAUGGACCUCUCCACUGGCCGUCACAUCCAUGAGACCCGUGAAUGGAUCUUGCGCAACUCUACUGUCCCCGUGGGGACUGUACCAAUCUACCAAGCAUUGGAAAAAGUGGACGGUAUCGCUGAGAAACUUUCUUGGGAAGUUUUUAGAGAUACAUUGGUUGAACAAGCUGAGCAAGGGGUUGAUUACUUCACCAUCCACGCUGGAGUAUUGCUUCGCUAUAUUCCCUUGACUGCAAAGAGAAUGACUGGGAUUGUUUCCCGUGGAGGUUCCAUACACGCAAAGUGGUGCUUGGCCUAUCACAAGGAGAAUUUUGCUUAUGACCAUUGGGAUGACAUUCUGGACAUAUGCAAUCAUUAUGAUGUAUCUUUGUCUAUUGGUGAUGGGCUGAGGCCAGGCUCCAUUUAUGAUGCAAAUGACACUGCUCAAUUCGCCGAGCUCUUAACUCAAGGAGAACUUACCCGUAGAGCUUGGGAAAAGGACGUGCAGGUCAUGAAUGAAGGACCUGGACACAUUCCCAUGCACAAGAUUCCAGAGAACAUGCAAAAACAAUUGGAGUGGUGUAACGAAGCACCUUUCUACACUCUCGGACCACUCACCACCGACAUAGCACCCGGAUAUGACCACAUAACCUCAGCCAUAGGUGCAGCCAAUAUUGGAGCACUGGGCACCGCCCUCCUCUGCUAUGUCACUCCGAAAGAGCAUCUUGGCUUGCCUAACCGGGAUGACGUGAAAACGGGAGUUAUAUCAUAUAAGAUAUCUGCCCAUGCGGCUGACCUUGCAAAGGGUCACCCUCUUGCACAAGCGUGGGAUGAUGCGAUAAGCAAGGCAAGGUUUGAGUUCAGGUGGAUGGAUCAGUUUGCACUGUCACUUGACCCUGUCACCGCAAUGUCCUUCCACGAUGAAACCCUGCCAUCAGACGGUGCUAAGGUGGCGCAUUUCUGCUCCAUGUGUGGGCCCAAAUUCUGUUCUAUGAAGAUCACUGAGGAUAUACGGAAGUAUGCUGAUGAGCACGGGUAUGGGAGCCCAGAGGAAGCGAUCCAGCGUGGGAUGGACGCUAUGAGUGCAGAGUUCAAAGCAGCAAAGAAAACUGUGAGUGGGGAACAACACGGUGAAGUUGGUGGGGAAAUCUAUCUCCCCAAAACUUACAUUGACCCUUUGAAGAUCUAAAGGAGGUAAAUGGAUAAGUAUGCAUGUCUGAGUGAACUGCUACUUAGGAGUUCUACAAGCCAUCCAUGGCACAUGGGGCCCACUCAAACAAGUUUCAAGAUCUUGAUCCCUUCCUCAUAAGGGUGUCUGGAUCAGCCAGGAUGCUCUCUGGCUGAAACAGGCUGAGAAAGUCCCUUUGAACCUGAACAGGAUAAUACCUGCGUAGGGAGAGUGCCUUUUUCUUUCCCUCUUCUGUCUUUUGCUGACAGGGAUAUCUAGAUAUACGGCGAGAUUACGACCACAGGCUUGUUUGACCACAACAACUUUCGGAGUAAAGUUUCCCCAGCAUUACUGAUCUGCUCAGUCGCACGCAGAGUUAUUGAUAUCUUGCAUCAUGGUAAAAUGACGACUUAACAUAAAUACCUCCUUUCUUUAAUAGUUGCAACACUUUAAAUUUUACUUUAUUCACAAACCUUACUUCUACCAUGAUUUUCUACUAAUAUGCGGAGUUAUAAUCAAAUUAUUAUGUAUAAAUAUUAUUAAAUUUCUCUUAAUGUGAACCUCCAAAAAUAUUAAAUUUUAUAAUGUUUUGUAAUUAAAUAUAAUUGUAGUCAAUGUUGUGCUUGGCAAAUGUGAAAGUCAAAGUGUUGCAAUUAAAAAAGAAAGGAGGUAGUAUUUCAUUUGGAUUCAAGGGAAAUCAGUUUUCUUGGAUUCAUACCGGUGUUAUCUGUUAUCCAAUUUGAGGUGAAUUUGCGACUUUAAGAAGUUUAUACUUUCAUGUACAUAUGUGUACACAAGAAAAUGUGUUAAUGCACAUCUUAAGGCAUUCAUGGGGGGAUCCAGGGCAUUAGGCCGGUACAAAGACCGGAUUUUUUACACUAAAAGUAUAGGCAUUUUUUAAAUUUGGGCUGGGCCGGAGCCUAGGUUGGCCCACUAGCUACGCCCCAUGAAGGCAUUCAUGACCCCUUUUGAUGUCCUUUAAAAUAUUUUUUUAUUAUAACAGUACAUUUUAGUAGGGAGUUUUAUUAUUAAAAAGAAAUUUGUAGAUACAGAAAGUCAGAAAUACAAGUGUGGUAGGUGGUUUUCUCCAGUUGUUUAUUUGUAUUUACUCUGAUUCCUCUUGUUUUUGAUACUUUUGAUGGAUUUUUGGAACUUCAAAACCAGAGAAUGACUUUGAGAAAGUUUUCUGUUUAGUUGCAUGAAGCUGUCAUGCUGAGAUUUAUUUAUGGUAGAUUCUAUGGUACAUUGGUACCCAUAAGAUACCAUACCUUUGUCCACAUGGACCAAUGAGAAUGUAGCAGUUGAAUUAUUUAAAUCUAUAUUAAAAAUGAUAAAGUGAUGUGGUCCAAUCAAAUGAAUGAUAGGUACGGUAUCCCAUAUUUUAGAAAGGUACCAGAGUUGUCACCUUUAUUUAUUUGCGAUAAGUUAGUAUUUGGGAGUGCCCUUUUUAGCUUCGUUUCAUUUCCUCGGAUCCUUCACCAGCAAGUCUCACCCCAUCAAAAUCCAAGAGCGUUAAGUUCUUACCUGGUUAAUACUCCGUAUAAUUUUAAGUCGUUUUUUUUUCUUAUUAAAGUUUAGCUGAUUCAUUUGGUCAAAAAUCAUCUUUUUGGCAAUAAGCAACUAAGCAAGUAAAGAUGCACUUAAUAAGCUGGAGAAAGAAGUCAUUCACCGAAACGGUUUGAAAUCCGACAUUAGUUCUAACUUCUAAAAAACCAAUUACCUUUAACCUGUUGGCACGUAUAUGUUUUAGAAAUAAUCUCAUACCCUCUAUAUUAUCUUCGACCAUCAUCUCGGAAAUCGGAAUAUGAUCUUUUGUGUGCCUUGUAUUAACUAAUUAAUUUUAGUUUAACAAAUAAUCUCAUAAUAAUAUGGCGUGAUUGGUGUCACAUAUUUAUCUCAAAUUAUUCUACCAAAUAACCUUGCAAAAAAAUCUCUCUAAUUCAACUGUGCUCCCGGGCAAAUUAUACCGUGGGAUCGGUGCACCAUCCUCAUGGUGUACCGAUCCCAAAACCAUAUAAAUUUUCUCCGUGUUAAUUAAAUUCCGCAAGAUUAAAAAGAGGCUCUGUGCGUUUCUUCUUGAGAUAGAGCAUUGGACGUUGGUCAUAAACUACCGCCGACGAGGAAGUGGCGGCAGUGCAACAACUCAUUCACAAAGCGGCGGCGAGAGCCUUGAUGGCAGCUUUGAUGCUGACGAGCAGAUCCCACUGGAAGAUUUAGUACAGAUUGGUCAAUCUCGUCUUCCUUCAUGUCCAGGCAGUCCAGCAACUUGUUCGCAGUGAAGCCGUGCUCUGCUAUUUGGGCGGCGGUGUAGUAUACGGAGUAUAAGUUUCUGAAGUUUGCUUUAAUUUGUUAAUAUAAACCAGAGAUUGCUUUAAUUUGUUAUUAUUUGUUAAACCAUAUUAACAAAUUGUUAAUAUGGUUUCAAAAGAAGUUUCUUAAUUUCUUUUACUCAUCACUAUCGGAUGAUAUGAAAUUGGUAAUUAACAUUGGUAAUUAACAGGUGAUUAAAUUUUGAUGUAUGUGAUUUACAUUUUAGUUACACGGUUACACCUUCUCCUGCGCGAG